GGUGUAUUGGCAAAUUUCACUAAAUACUUAUGACGAACGAAUAAACGCAAUUAUGUUGUCGUGUAUAGGCAUCUUGUCUUGUGUUGCGUUAGGUUCAAGCGGCAGCGACGACUACAGCCACCACGAUGGCAAGACGUUAAAAUAUAUAGUUAAUGCGCAGAAGUGAAAUUCCUAUACCAUCACAAUCAGGCUCCCCAGGUGAAACUAUCUGUUACCGAAAGUUAAUUGAAAGUUGAAAAUAUUUUGCGUAAGCGAUCUUCCAGGAAUUCUAUAGUGGUCGAUUAAUGUGUUCCACCCACAGCCCGACAGAUGAAAGGAUUAGCUUUCAGCGUAAUUACACAUUAAUUAAAAACGUAAGUUGUCGAAAGUUUGAUCUUUUUGCGAAUGAUUUUCGCAACUAUUUCGGGGAUGCGUAUCAAAUGUCAAGUGAUAUCUAAUAAGGUUCACUAUCAACUCUAUUCUGAAAACACGUAAAGAACUUAAUUAACUUUUAACUUUGUUUUCACUCCAUUUGCCCAGUUAUCAUUUAAAGGCACACUUGCUUGUAUUCCAAAUAUUUUCCCAUACAUCUUUACGUAAUAAUCAUGCUCCCUCUGUAUUCUUUUGCAAAAAAGACAAAACAAGGAAAAAGGUAAAGAUCAGAAGAAAGGAAUUGUAUCCGUCUGUAACGGAAUCUUUUACAGCCACCAUCUUCGGCUUAAAAGGGGAAACACAAAAGACAAAUAAAAAAAAAACAAAUAAAAUAUCGAUACUCUAUAGGAUGAGAUGGCUACGGCCGAUUUUUUCCAUUUUUAUACGCAUGUUGUACGUGAAUCAUUUUCCGGUUAUUUCCGCGGUAGUUUAUGAGUAAUGAGAAGAAAGCUCAAUAUUUUCGAAUUUGAAAGCAGACAUAUUCUCAGUUUACGUUGUACUGUGAGCGUGUCCUUCGGCCUGUUUGGGCCAUUUUCAACGGGAACGUGCUUUCCAAUAUUUCUGCAAUAUUUUCCUUGCUUGUCCUCGCUUUUUGUUGCGUUAAGCAAAAAGUUUUACUCCAAAUAUCACAUAGACGAAUGGACAGAGAAACUGAUAUGCCUAAAUCGAUUCAGAAUUUUAUUGACUAAUUAAAAAUGUAUAUAUUUUGCGCGUUCUCUGAAAAUACCUUCUGGGUUAAUGUCCGCGAGAUCGAAAGUUAUAGAUGUAAAUAUCAAAAAAUUGUUGGUAUUUUUUCUGAUGUUGUUUUAGUUUCUUUUAGAUUGCGGACGCGUCUGCGAACAGAUCAUGCCCAUUUUUUUAACAUAGCAUCUAUAAUCGAUUAGGGAAUACUUGCACCAAAUUUCAGCUUCGUAUCUUCAUUUUUGCGACAAUUCGCAAAACGUAUCCAUCAAAUUGAUUUGCGUUUUUUGGUGUUUUGUUGAGAGAAAAGAUUUUGUUUCCUUUUUGAACAAUAUGAUUUUCAUUUGCUGAUGCCGAUAACAGAUACUACAUACUAGUCUUCCCAUUAUUGGCAUUAUUUUAAUAAAAUAGUCUUUUCAUCGUUUUCUGAGAUAUUCACUGUAAUACAACUGAACCGAACUGAAUAUUUUCGAAAUUUAAUUGCAGGCUAAUGAGACUCUUCACGUUUCAUUUACCGAGAGAAUAACAGGACAAAUUAGUUUUCACAUACUGAGUAGGUAGACUGUUUUUAAAAUUCGUUUCAUUGCUUUGCGAUUUACAUCUCAUUAUCAUAUGAUAAUUAUUUGAAAAUUAAAUGAAGAGAAUAUUAUUCAGCGUGGGUUAAGCAAAAAGUGAGUUAUUAUUCGUUGAUCAUUCGAUUAAUAAUAUUCAGCUGAAUAAAGCACAGCAUGUGCGAAAUAAUUGUGUCACAGCUCUUUGGGCAUUUGAGCUUCUUACUUACCAAUACUUCAUCCAUUGUCUUUAUCUAAUCUGAAGAGAGCUUUAUUUAGAUAAGAAACAAUAUUGUAAUGUGAAAUGCAUUUAGAACAAAAAGUCAUUGCGUUUAAAUUUUAGUUAAGUGAGUAAACGUUAUCAAUAAAGGAUGGAUGUAACCGAUCUUAGCUUUUUCGGUGGUAAAUUGAAAUCAGAUAAAGCCGACGCUAAUAAAACUUCAUCGAGUAUAACGAACAAUUAUCAAAAUAUAACAAAUAGCAAUAAAGUGAUAGUUUCCCGGGCUACUCGUGAAACGGAAUACGAUUGCAAUCAUCCAUGUGUGGGCAUAGCAUUAAUAUUUAAUCAUAAGGAUGUUAAGGGACAAAAACAACGUGUCGGUACGGAAAGAGAUCGGGACGCCAUAUACGCAUCGUUAACUAAUUACGGUUUCGAUGUUCGAGUCUUUAAUGAUCUGACAUUUGCUGAUCUAAAUGAAAAGCUUAAAGAGACGGCUCAAGAAGAUCACCAGCAAAAUGAUUGCUUGUUAGUUGUGGUCAUGUCACAUGGAUACGAGGGGAGAAUCUUUGCACGAGAUAUGGCGUAUCCGGUUGAACGUUUAUGGAAUGCAUUUUUGGGCGAAAAUUGUACAUCCUUAAUUAAUAAGCCCAAGUUAUUCUUUAUUCAAGCCUGCCGGGGUGCGAAUUUAGAUAAAGCUGUCACCUAUAGAAAAUUUACUCCUAUGUCACGUCAAUCUUUCUCAUUAGAGCCGUGGCGGGAGAAGGCAGAGGCCGCCUUGUAUGCUAUACCGAACACAGCUGAUAUGUUAGUUAUGUAUUCAACAUUUGAUAAGCACUAUUCGUUUCGUAAUAUAGAGAACGGUUCGUGGUUCAUACAAAGUGUAUGCGAUGUACUUGAUGAAGCGGCCAUGGAUGAGGCUUCUUCGCCUCAAGGUGCGGAGCUUUUGCAUUUAUUAACUGCGAUUAAUAGAAAGGUAGCUUACGAAUAUCAAUCGAAUGCCAAGCAGGAAGCUCUUAAUCAAAUGAAAGAAAUGCCAAAUUUUAUGUCUACGUUAACUAAGACAUUUUAUCUACGUGUAAAACGAAAAGUGCCUGAAAUGAUUAGAUAGAUUACGCGGACUUUGUCCGAAAAAGUGAUUUACAUUUCGAUUUUGUCAUCGGCCGAAAUUAUGAUAUCUUUUAGUAAAAAUAAUGCCUUUCUUUUACUUAAAUAUAUUGCUUUGUAUUUAUUUACACUUUAUUUUUUAAUGUCU